UCAUGUAGUAUGUAGGGAAUAAUUAGUAAUUUGAGAUCAAUACAAAUGCUGUGAUUGGAUAUGGUAGCUAUGGCAAAGUAUUUGAAUGCUAGUCUAAAUUUGGGAAUUUCCCAUUUUAAUUAUGUGCCAAAGUAUAUAUUCAAAUUAAUAAAAGAUCACAAGUAUAUAUAAGGACAAUAAGCAAAACUAAGAGAAAGAAAUUAAUAGAGAAAAAGAAAUCACAGAGAUUGUUUAAAAGAAUAGAGAUAAUCAAAAUCUUGUCUAAAUUUAUUAUGUAGAGCAUAUUAAAGAAAAGUCAUACCUGGUUAUGAUUAUGGAAAGAUGCUAAACUAAUCUUUAAGAGGAGUGGAAAUAGAAAAAUAUUUACUCAGAAUACGAAGUUCUAGAUUUUUUAAGAUAAUUUAUGAAUGGUUAUAGAGCCCUUUAUGAUUAGAAUGUUAUUCACAGAGAUAUUAAGCCAGAAAACAUUCUAAUAUAAAAAAUUGGUUUGUAAAAGUACUACAGAUUGGCUGACUUUGGUAUAGGUAGAAUUUAUAAAUUAAAUGACUUUAAAUUUACAAAAGUAGGAACACCUAUUUAUGCAUCGCCUGAAUUAAAUUCAUUAAUUUAAGAUUCUGAGCUAGAUACUAAAUUUGCUGCAAUGAAACAAGCAAAACAAAAAAGUGUUGUUGAUAUUUACUCUGUAUUAAUCUAAUAUUUAUUAAGCUUGGCAUACUUUUACAUAGUAUUGUGACAGGAGGUUUUCCAUUUGAGCCUAUUUAAAAUAAAAUUGUCAAAUUUUUGAAUGAAAUUAAAACUAAAGAUUAUAAACUCAAAUCUAAUGCAAAUCCAAAAUUAACAAGUUUAAUUGAAAGAAUGAUUGUUUAUGAUCCAUAAAGAAGAUUGACAUUUGAUGCUUUGUUUGAUGAAGUCAAUAGAAUGACAUAAUAUAUGGCAAAUCCAAUUCCGUUACAAAGUUUUUAACCAAUACCAAGUGGAAAUUAAUAAGCAGCUUAAAUUAAAAUUUAAUAAUAACCUAUUUAACAACAAUAAAUUCCUUUUUAACAAUAAAUUCCUUUUUAAUUAUAAAUUCCUUUUUAAUAAUAAAUUCCUCCUUAACAAUAAAUUCCUAAUUAACAAUAAUUUACUUUUUAACAAUAAAUUCCUAAUUAACAAUAAAUUCCUCCUUAACAAUAAAUUUCUAAUUAACCAUAAUUUACCAUUUAACAAUAGUUUCUUCCUUAACAAUAAAUUCCUGGUUUGUAACCUUAAAAUCCAAAUAACAAAGGUACUAUUAUUAAUUAAGAAUAACUCAAUAUAUCAAAUGAAAUAACCUGUUUUUUAAAAAAGGUUUUGUAAAUCCAUUAAAAUAUUUUAAAUCCGCAAGUUAUAAAUACUUUAUAGGAGUAUAUCUUAAACAAUAAAAAUUUAAGUGAAAUUGGAAUAUUAUAUAAUAAUUUUGACAAAAAUAUAAAUUAUAACCAUGAAGAAAUUUAAUUUUAUUACUGCUUGAAAUAUGGGUUAUAAAAUAAUUCUUCUGUGAUUAAAAAAUCACGUGAUGAUCAAUUAAGAGACUUAUCUAAUUGA